GCCGCGCGUAGAACCAACGGGCUAGUACUUACCGAAACUACUUGACUCAACUUCGGGAUACGAAAAUUAUAAACAACCAAAUAUACCGCAGUAUCUCUGUCUGCAGAAAUGAGUGCAGCAUUAUUGACUUUGUUAUUGUGUGCCGUUGCUAAAGCAACGGAAGAACAACCUUCGGCGACGCCGGUUCAAGUAGAAACUCCCUCGGGAUCUGUUAUUGGAUCAUGUUCGGAAGCAAAAGAUGGUCAGGGAUUACAGGAUGAGACGGUCAGCAGUGUUUGUGCUUUCCAAGGUCUUAGGUACGCGCAACCACCUGUCGGCGAGUACAGAUUUCAGCAAGCUGUUCCUGUUUACCCUUGGAUGAACGUUUUUGAUGCAACUAAACAAGGACCAUCGUGUUUUGAUCAUACUGGAACAAGUUCUUCGGAAGAUUGUCUGCGACUAAACAUUUACACAACGGAACCACCUCCAGGGAGCCUUAUUAUGAGUCAAACUGCAUAUGUUGAGCAGCCUUCAGGGAACAUUGUCUUGAGUCAAAAUAUAUAUGCAAGAGAACCUCCUGGGAACCAUGCAACAAAUCAACAUGUAUAUGCCCAGCAGCCGCCAAAUAGCUCUACGACAAAUGAAAUUGCAGAUGCGCAGAAACCUCUAGAUAACAGAAGUCAAAUUGCAGAUAAAGAGUCGUCUCCAGAUGGCAGACCACGUCAAGAGACACAUGCGCAAACGCAUCCAGAUUCUGACAAGAAUAAAAAUUCCGGAAUACCAAUAUUGGUGUAUUUCCCACCGGAUCGUUACUACUCAGACUCUGAUCGGGAGUAUGUAGAAGGACCUUUGAAUUUGUUGAGACCGGACAUUAUCUUAGUUACUGUCAGUUACCGUGUUCAGGCACUGGGUUUCAUCAGUACGGGUGAUUCGGCAGCACCUGGUAAUCUCGGUUUGAAGGAUCAAGUCGAGGCACUCAGGUGGAUUAGAAAAAAUAUAGCAGCUUUCGGUGGUGAUCCAAAUAGUGUUACCAUUGCUGGUUAUUCGAAUAGCGCUCGAGAUGUGAUACUUCACAUGCUUUCGCCGUUGUCUAAAGGGCUUUUCCACAAGGUCAUUGCAAUGAAUGGCGCACCGACAUUCCCAGAACCUCUUCCUACACAUCAGAGAGAUAUCGCGGAAGAACAAGCAGAACUCUUGAACUGCCCUACUGAUACCAGUAGCAACAUGAUACGUUGCUUGAAAACUAGGGCCAUUGAUGACUUCGAAAGAACUUUAUCUAAGUUAAAGAGAAAAUACUAUGAUCCAUUUUUAACGUGGAGUCCCGUUGUGGAGCCUGUAAUAAAUGGUGUAGAGCGAUUCCUUACGGCACAACCUUAUGAUUUAUUGAGAGAAGGAAACUUUCAUCAAGUACCUCUUAUUGUCGGAUUUACUAAGUACGAAUGUGGUAGAAUCCUCGCUGGAAUCAUCGAUGAAUACAACAAUAGCACCGAUUUGGUUUUGUCCUACAUGAAUGAGAAUUGGAAAAGAAUCGCAGCAUCAAUUUUGCAAUAUGAAGGAACGGAGUACUGUGAUGAAAUUGGUGAUCAGCUUCGAGAAUACUAUUUUCAAGAAUAUCCUAUUAAUGAUAAAACCGCUGAUGCCCUCGCAAAUUUCUAUCUAGACAGCAUAGUUGCAUACCCAGUGUAUCGUCUAGUGGAUCUGGUAUCAGCAGCUUCCUGUGAACCCGUAUACUAUUACCAAAUCGAAUAUAAACAACCGGUUACUGUUUAUGCAGUACAAGAACAUACUGCAGCAUCAGCAGCCGUUGCUUACCAGGAUGAUCAGAUGGUCAUAUUUUACGAAAGCCUUUAUGAAUACGUUCUACUAACUCAGGCUACAACGCUAUCGGAUCAGCGCGUUGCCGUCAUGUGGACGAAUUUCGCAAAGACUGGAGAACCUGUCCCACAGGACAACGACUCAUUCAAGAACGUCGUAUGGGAUGCAUUUACCCCACUUUGCCAACUGUAUCUCCACAUAACUGACAUGCGACAUAUGAAAAGUCAUGACAAGCAUGGAUUCAAUAUUUGGGAAAGACUUUUCCCUUGGAAACGUUCGUCCCACAGAAGACAUUAAUAUCCUUUUUGAAAGUUUAUCUCGUGAGCUUUAACAUUGUUGCUCGCACAAUAUUGGUGUGUACUGUAAUUAUAAAUGUAUUGUAUCAGAUCCGUGAUAUGAUGUUAUAUGGCUCGAAAUCUUCAGUAAAAUAAAUCGGGGUUUCAGGAACAACAUUAA